AUGAACCCCCUGCGAUAUCUGGCCCCUCCCCGCCCCUUUGGGGACAUCUCAAACUCCACCCAGGAGGAGAUCGAGGGGAGAGAGUUAUUUGCGAACAGAGAUGCCAUCCGCGCAUACAGAGAUGCAUGCCGCCGUCUUGAUAUCGGGGACAGCCAGACGCGCGAAAACGACAUGCAAGCUGUGAGAGAAUACGAGCAAUCGCUCCAAACCAACGGACCAGCGAAUCUUUGUUUUGAUCUGGCUACCAGGACCAAGAUGGGUGAAGAACUCGAUAAUCUCCAUGAUAUGUGGAGCUAUGUCCGUUAUGAAAAGUACCUCCCCGCCACGGUCAAGGAGGAUGCGGAAAAGCAUCCCUCGUCUAAAGUCUUGGACCCCUGGCACAAGGCCUUCUGGAAGCCAUUCUAUGGGCGCCUCGAAGCCGAGGCAGACGCGUGGGCUCAAAUCAUGUCGGGCAAAAACCACCUCAACGAAUGCCCGACAUACCUCCUGCUGGCCCUGUUGUGUGAACAGCAAACCAUGGACUGGGAUGAGGCCGUCGCGCUGAUCAGAUACUGCGCCGUGGAGGGUGUCGAACUCCCGAAAGCGGAUUUUGUGGAUUACUUGAAAGCCAAAGAUGUGACUGGUCUCGCGAAGAGGCUGGAACUCGAUAUGAACACUAUCGCCUUGUCUACGGAGUAUGUCAUGGGCGUUGGCACGAUGCUCCUCGCCUACUUCAGGAUGCAUCUUCCUGAAGCGCUGUAUGAGUGUGAAGAUGAUCUUGAACCGGAAAGAUGGGUCCCUAAGAAGCGAUUGCACGAUUUGAUGGCGCUCCAGGACGGACACGAGCAAGCGGUCCAGGAGUUAAUCCGGGAGAUCUUCUAUGAGAUGGUCCUCGGCGGAUCUGAUGAUGACGACGAGGAGGGUUGGGACGAUGACGAUGAUGAUACAGAUGAGGACGAAAUCAUGGAUGAGGCUGAUUGA